ACUAUCACCAAUCUGGUCAAGGGAAAGAACAAAGUGACUAGGGAAGUCAAAACUGAGAAAGAAAAGAAACCUGAGAAAUUGAUGGGAGAUGCUUUUAAGGCACUUGAGGGAGGGACUAAGAAAACUGAGGGGAAGGAAGGGGAGCCUUCGAGUCCGCUUUCUAGUCCACCUUCGAGUCCGCCAUCGAGUCCGCCUCCCGUUGAAAAUAAGACCACCACCCCUCAACAACCUGAAAAACAGAAAAAGAGAGAAAAAGUUGAGAUGAAAUUGCCAUUUACAUUUUGUAACAAGAAAGAAGAAAAUCUGCUUUUGUGGAUCGCAGAAAUUCAGACGUAUUGUGGAACAGCCCCCGUUGAACCCGAGUCUCAAGUGGCCUUCUCCACUUCAUGUUUGGGUGGGGAAGCAAAAGAGUGGGUUCUCGCUGAAGCCAAUGCGGCAGGAUUUGACGACAUCGGAGUAUGGGCUGAAACUUUGGACCUCAAACAGUUCCUUGCCAAGAUCAAGGAACGGUUUUUGGAUAAGACGACAGCCGACAAGGCUUUUGACCAGCUCACUACGAUAGGUCAAAAGCAUUGGACUUCUUCAAUGUCUCGGGAGGUUGACCGUCUCUUGCAGGUUCCCGGUUUGAACCUGCAAGACAAUCAGGUAUUGUACAUUUACUCUCAAGCUUUGCCUGAGCCCAUACGCGGUCAGCUCGUGGCAGAGUCAAAGUCAGGUAAGUACAAUUACCGGCAAUUUCGAGACCUUGCUCUCCAAAGACAGCAAAUGACUUCGCAAGUGAAGAACACUUAUGCAUCUGUUGUGAAGUAUGGUGGUGGUGCAGGAACAGGUAAGCGAGUACUUUGGCGCCAAAAGCGCCAAGACCACACCCUUGUCGUCUUCGACGACGAAACUGUGGAAAGAUGGUCGUUGGAGGCCGAGGGUGUGGCGAACAACAGUGAUUCCGGGAAAGGGGAAGUCACUGCUGCCGUGGUCAACAAGGAAGGACCACGACCGCCGGUUAAGAAGAAGAAGCCACGCUCGUUCCCAGAACACCCCGGAAUUGCGGUCGUGAAGCCUUGGGAGAAGAUGGGUUUGUCACAAGAAAAGUGGCGGGAACGAAUGGACAACGCGCAGUGCCUGAAGUGUGGCAUUGCAGGGCAUGUAAUUGCAUGGUGCCCGUUCAUUCGUAACCCAAAAGCGAGCCGCCAGUAGGAGUAGCAUCUGCUCCUACUGAGUCUAAGGGUUUGGACCAGAAUGAAGGUAAGGCGCCUAC